ACAAUAUCCCUCGUCACAGUUGAAUCACAUGCUCAGAGAGUGCUCCCCAAGUUCUUCUUUUCUCCUAGCCUGUGUUUAUAUCCCCGGCGCGUCGCCGUCGGUGAACAUAUCCGGCGAUCGCUCCGUUCAAUUCACAGGAGAGAAGAAGUAGCAACUAUAGAGACUUUGAGUUGGGAUUUGCGUGCUUUGUGUCUUCCGUGGUCAAAACUGCGCGCUAAAAGGUAUAGUGGUUUGGAUACUAGAAGAUAGUUCGAGUUUUGUGAGAGUGGGCUAACUCUGAUUGGAUACUAGAAGAUAGUUCGGGUUGUGUGAGAGUGAGUCCUGCUUUGGCUGGGAUCAUAAAAUGUCGUUCCAGCAGAAAAGCUUUUGGAUGCCGAGAGACACUGGGUGUCUUACCGAUGGAGAGAUUGGUUGUGAUAAUUCAUCCAGAAUUGAACCAAAGCGGAGUCAUCAGUGGUUUAUGGAUGCCAGUGGACCAGAUCUAUUCAAUACUAAGAGGCAAGCUGUAGAAGCUGUGAAUGGAAGGUCAGUUUCAGGAGUUCCACAAAUGAAUGUUUUUCCAUGGGAUAACACUCCUGGCUUCCAUUCUGUUCCGGGGCAGUUCACUGAACGCCUCUUUGGAUCUGAGCCUUUACGGACUGUCAAUCUUGUUGAUAGGAAUAUUCCUUCUGUUGGAAGUGGAAAUAUGGAUAUAGGAAUGAGAAGUUUUGAGAAUCAGUAUGGAAACGAUCCUUCAGUGGGUUUGUCUAGGUCCCAUACCAUUGAAGAUCCAUCAUCGUGUCUGAGCUUUGGUGGGAUAAGAAAAGUCAGAGUCAAUGAAGUUAACUCUGACAAUGAAAUGUCUGAAUCUAUGGGGCACUCCUACAGCAGGGCUGAUAACACUGGAUUUUCUAUUGAUGCCUCAUAUAAUAAGAAUGAUGAAGACACCAUAUCGUUGGGCCCUGCAUACAGGAAUGGAAAUGAGAAUACCAUUUCAGUGGGCCACAACUUCAGUAAGGUAGAUAACAAGUUCAUAUCGAUUGGGCACCCUUUCAAUAAAGGAGAUGGCAAUUUCAUAACAAUGGGUCACAACUUUAGAAAGACAGAUGAUAGCAUAUUAUCCAUGGGUCAGCCCUUUGACAAGGAUGAUGGAAAUUUUAUAUCCAUGGGUCAGUCGUAUGAAAAGGGAGAUACGAGUGUCGUAUCAUUGGGUGCCUCCUAUAACAGGGGGCAUGAGGAUUUUACAAUGGGCCCAACCUAUAAUAAAUCCAAUGAGAAUUUCAUGUCAAUCACUUCUUCCUACAAUAAGGGGAAUGAUCACAUCAUAUCAAUGGGUCCUACCUAUGAAAAGGCAGAUUCCACCAUUGUAUCGAUGGGUACUUCCUAUGACAAAGGAGAAUCCAGUGCUCUCUCUAUGGCCCUAAACUAUAGUAAGGGUGAGAGCAAUACCAUAUCCUUUGGAGGUCUACAUGAUGAACCAGAGACAAAUCCCUCUGGUGGCAUCAUUAGUAGCUAUGAUUUGUUUAUGGGUACUCAGAACUCAGCUCAGGCUUCAGAAAUAUCAGGCCAGAAGGAUUUGGUUGAGUCCAAUGCUGACCCAAUUGUAAAUGAUGUUCCGAAAGCCAACUCUAAACUUGAAGUCAACCCCAGAAAAAAGGAGCCAAAAACAACUAAAAAGGCUCCUCCUAACAACUUCCCUUCAAAUGUCAAGAGUUUGUUGUCAACUGGUAUGUUCGAUGGGGUCCCCGUUAAGUAUGUUUCCUGGUCACGGGAGAAAAAUCUUAAAGGAGUUAUAAAGGGAACUGGGUAUUUGUGUUCCUGCGACAACUGCAAUCUCUCUAAGUCUCUUAAUGCUUAUGAGUUUGAGCGUCAUGCUGGUUGCAAGACCAAACACCCAAAUAAUCACAUUUACUUUGAGAAUGGAAAGACCAUCUAUGCUGUUGUUCAAGAGCUGAAGAGCACUCCUCAGGAGAUUCUAUUUGAUGCAAUUCAAAAUGUGACGGGUUCUCCAAUUAAUCAAAAGAAUUUCAGGAUAUGGAAAGCAUCAUACCAAGCUGCCACACGUGAACUCCAGCGGAUCUAUGGAAACGAUGAAGUAAUCAUGCCAUCCUGAGAUGAAAACCCUUUACUUCAUACCAUCCUGAGAGGAAAACCCUUACUUUCCGCUUCUAAAAGAAAAGAAAAAAGAAAACCCUUGGUUUCUGACGAUUUUGAGGUUGGUGGAUAUGUGAUCUGUGCAUAGCAGCAUACAGCCUAUAGAAAAUAUAGACUCCUUUUUGGAUUUAAUAGUUUGAGCAUAUGGAUGUUUAUGACUACUAUGGCUUUUUGUAUUUUCUCUAAGAUUAUUAUUAUUAUUUUUUGUUGAAUUUUUGAAAUUUGGAUUAUUUGUUAGAUUGUAGAUUUAACAGUUUUGGUUGUGAUUGGAGCACUAAAGGUGCCUUUUUCUGUGUUA